AGUUUCCCAGGCAGAGCAACAAUUUUUUUGCUGGUGUCGUGCUGUAUUUGUUGAAAGCGGUUGAAUUUCCUCGACGUAGUUAUCUGUACAACGUUCAGGAGCAGCAAGAAAACAGCAUCAGUAUCACUUUGAUACUUUAGCAAAGGGCACACUAGCAACGACGCAUUUAACAUUAGCACUUCUACAGAACGACUAUUCGCAUUCUGCUCUGAAAAUGACAGCGACCUCCACCGACAUGAGCUCUAAAGAUCUACUUUUCUCGCCUGCUGUGCGCCCCGAGAACAACAACGAGAUCCUGAGUCACAGCACGACGACCGCGAAGCCCGACGACUUUGUGAUUCUGUACGGCAACGCAGAAACCGUCUUCGGAUUGACGCUUCAAAAAAACGGGAUCUUCGACUGUGAGUGGGGUUCUUUUUCCCAUGACGACAUUAUCGGCCAGCCGUUCGGCACAGUCAUCCGGGAGCGGAACCCCUGGCCGGCACUGGAAAAGAAACUGCUGAUCAAGGCGAAUGCGAAAGAUGGGGCGGGUCAUUUAUCUACUGGCGGGACAAACAAGAAGAGAAAAACCGACAGCAGCGUGACGACAACGGAUAACCUGGAUGAAGAAAUCGAUCAGGAGCCACCAGAGCAAGGGGUGGAAAAGAAAAAGCAAGCAGCUGGCGCUAUUAUAGAAGUAGGGCGAGGAACCAAGGCCGACUCGCUUGAAAAGAAGAACAGCAUCGGUGCAGAAGAUCAGGCGAGCUGCAAGGGCCGCGACGAGAUGAGGGCGACGAACAAAAGCAAAACUUCGCCAACAGCACCUUCCCAACAGCAUCAACAAGCAACAACAACCGCCCGCCGUCCGAAGUUCCUGAGUCUGAUGAAGCCGAACCCCGACUUGGCGACACUCUCCCUGCCGCACCGGACGCAGAUCAUCUAUCAUGCGGACAUCUCUUUGAUUCUAUCUUUGCUCGAUUUGAAACCCGGCGACUCCGUCGUAGAAACCGGCACCGGCUCGGGAUCUCUGUCCACAAGCUUGGCAGCGAGUGUCUCGCCGUUCGGAAAAGUUUUCACGUUCGAGUACCAUUUCGAGAGGUUUCGCAAGGCGAGGGAAGAAUUUGAGAUGCGAAAGGUGAACGGCUACGAUAAUUUGUUCACCUUUUGGGGGGACGCUUGCGCUUUGCAUAAUAACCACGCAGGAGCUCCUGCAAUAAACGAACAGGCGGAAGUAGAACAAGAACGCGAGCAAAGCGGUGAGAAAAAACCAAAAAUGGUGCGGUCUUUCCGCGAGGGAAUAGAGCUCCAUCUUGCAGAAACAAGCAAGCAGGAACAAAGUGCUGGCAUGAGCAACGCAGCAUCCUCCACCUCCACGAACACGCUCUCGUCGCGGCCUUCAUCCUCCACUUCCUCACCAGCAACACCCUACUUUGUCGACGCGGUGUUUCUGGACCUUCCGCAGCCGUGGGAGGCGAUUGAAAACGUGAAGCAGGUUUUGAAACUGAAUGGGAAGCUCUGCUUUUUCUGUCCCUGCGUGGAGCAGGUCAGCCGCAUGUCGGAAGCGCUGCGGUCCGGUGGCUUUCUGGACGUCCGGACCUUUGAGUGUUUGGCCAAGCCGUGGGGGGUGUGCAACACGAAAAACAACGGGGUCAACAACUCCAUGCAGUUGCCGAUGCGGGGACACACCAGCUACGUGUCGGUGGCGACCCGGUGGGAUGACGCGGAUAUUUUGUGAAUCAUGUUGUGAAAUAAAGCCUGUACAGCUUUUUUUUUGCGCUCUGACUGUGAUAACCGAUAAGUACCGAAAUACUCGC